UAGAAAAAUGUUUCUUGAUUUUUAACGUGAAAUUAUAUUGCUAGAAAAUCUUAGACUCUCUUCUGAACCAAGGAUCUUGUUCAGAGCUGAGUGUAGUCUACUGUUGUGAAAUUUGGUAAAAUUUGAGCGGGUAGAUUUGGAGAAAUUUGCUUACGAAAUGGGCAUCUCUGCACUCGUGCGGUCGCCGGUAUUGGAGGAAGUCUAUUGAGACAUCAGGGCAUUGUAGGCCUGUGGGAGCACACGAGCUGCGUGGUCGGCGGAGAAUUUGCUUAACUGUAAGGACAAAUUUUGACCUUUUCCUCUGGCCAGAACCGCUUGGCUAGAAAUCUUCCUCAGUUACUUUUAUCUAAGGUCUUGGAUUUCUUCUUGCGGGAAGUCGUGGCUACUUUUACGCGCGCGUUGGGAGAGUUUCGCGGUCAACCACCGCACUCUCUAGUUUGGCAACCUCACCAUGCCUUUGCUGAAUAGAAAAACGUUUUCACCUUCAAAACCACCUCCAGAUCUAAAACCUGACGAAGAAGUCUUCGUUUGUCGCCAUACAAAUGAAGUUUUCCGUGAUUAUAGGUCGUUUUUCGAGCGUACAAUUUUAUGUAGCAGCACGCUAUGGAGCUGCAAAUAUACUGGCAAGAGUGGUUUAACCUACCAAGAAGCACAAGAGUCGGAAAGGUCGAUUAGAAAGCAAGGCCAUAGUCUCCCAGAGCCCAUCCAGCGAGCGGCUCUCACGCUCGUACACCACACUCAACGUGGUCGACUAGCUAAUUUAUGCGAUGAAGUGUUUUCAUAUUUGAAGGAUCGCUACCAGGAAGGCGAAGAAGUUGAGGUUAACUACCUUUCGAACAAGAAGAGAGGUAUUAUAACCCGAGUAAUUCCUCCUCCCGAGGGCUCACCAAACAAAACAGCGAAGGCAGGAAAACUCUUGUCUCCAAAAUCUAGAAAACACAGCCAUUCUGGAGAUAAACUUCAAUCCCCAACUUCUAAGAAUCGUAAGAGCCCUUCUGAUGGAACACCAGUAAAAGAGAGGACAAAUAGCUCAAGUAGUUCAGAUAGCCAGCCGUUAUCUGCAAAAAAGUACUGCUCUGACAAUGUGUUUCCCAAAUCACCAACUGGAAAAUCGCCACGAAAGAGUUUGGAUGAGGAAUCGCAUUCCUCAAAGUCUAAAUCGAGGAAACAUAGUGUAGAAAGUUUCAGUGAAAAGACUCCCAGCAAAUCAAGGAAGCAUUCUUCAGACAGCAAAAGCACACCAUCUAAAUCAAAUAGCGAUAAGACAACAAAGAAACCAUCUACACCAUCUUCGAGAAAAGCCAGUGACAACAAGCUUGUUUCUCCGAAGAGCAAGUCAUCUUCUGAUGGAGGUGUAACAGAAUCCUCAAAGACAAAUAAAUCACCAAGUACUAGUAAAACGAAAAGUUUUGAAGGUGAAAUUGUCAUCAUUGAUGACGAUGACAACAAUGGUAAGAAAGAUAAAGAGAGUCCACAAAGGCCUUCUCCAAAGUUAUCGUCUCCUAAAGAGAAGCCAGUGUAUAACUGGCCGUCUGCUUCUCUUUAUCACUAUGAAAUCAGAAUUCAUUCAGAUAGAAAAGAUAGGGGAUCUAAGAAGAAGGAAAAGAAACAUGAGGUUGUGAUUGUUGAAGCUUCACUUGUCAGUCGGAAGAAAGGUGUGUUUACUAGAGAUAAAGUGAAAAUGUUCCUGAAGAUCAGUUGUGACCGAAGUACUCCACAUUCUGAAGAUGGCAUCUAUAUUGUUCAGAGGGCAUACCGACAAAAAUUUGAUCUUGGUGAACCUGACAUUCCUUUGAAGCUUGCAUCUCCCCCAAAAGACAAAAAGCGUAGGAAAAGAAGCCUUGUGCAUGGAGACCAAGAAGGAGAGAGUGGGCCUGUGAAGAAGAAGAGAAAAAAGAAGAAAGAAGAUGAGUCAAAGAAUGAAGAAGGUGCCAAGAAAAAGAAGGAAAAGAAAGAGAAAGAUGGGAAAAGUAAAGAGAACAAGAAAAUGAAACUUCCACCUGAGGAAUGGCGCAGAAUCAUGGAAGAGGAAAAAGAGAAGAGGAAAAAACAACUGGAAGAAGAAAGGGAAAGAAAGAAACAGGAGAGGGAAAAAGAAAAAGCUGAGAACAAAGCUAAAAGAGAGGAGGAAAGAGCAGUCAAAAAGAUUGAAAGAGACAAGGAGCGUGAAAGACAGCGAGAAGAAAAGAGAUUAGAAGCCAUAAGAUUAAAAGAAUGGAACAAACCAAGAGAAGACCUAGAACUGGAUGAUUUAAAGGAUCUCCCGAAAACCACUCCAGUCACAAUAAAGCUUCCAUCAGAACUGUUUGGUGAUAUGAUGAUGGUCCUGGAAUUCCUCAAUGUCUUUGGUAAUCUUUUUGACAUCAAAGAUGAAUUUCCUUCUGGCCUUACGUUUGCCAUGUUAGAGGAAGCUCUGACAGAACAUGAUGCCGAGGGUGUGUACUAUGACUUGCUGCUGUUCUUACUGGGAGCAAUACUGCGCACUCACUUGGAGGAAGAAGAGGAGGAAGGUUUGGACGGUAGUCACGACCAUGAGCCCCUCGUGGAUGUUGAUGAUGAGGGUGAUGAGAAGUCACAGUCCACUGUGUCUGCAUCAGCACAAAUGGCAGCUGCUUGGCCAAUGCAGUACCAGGGUAAACCUCUGCAUGAAUUGAUCAUGGACCCCUUUACAAGCUCUGAGCUGUUGAGACUUCAUCUGUUAUCCUCUGGUGCCAGAAUAGGAUGUGGUGAGCCAUCUUAUCGCUGGCAGCGUCGAGGGGGAUUCACCUACAGUGAUGAUGCAGGAGUAGAGUUUCGGCACACCGAACCUCAGUUGUUAAAAGCAUUGGUAACAGGCAAUAUCUAUGAUAUGGGUGCUCAAGACAAACUCAAAGUCCUGGUAGCUCUCUGCACUCAGCUGAUAACAUAUGCAACAGCCCGAGACUAUGUAGAGGAAGGUUUUGACCAGUGUCGCAAGGUCCGUCGUGAGUGGCAGGAGGACCAGUGGGCAGAUCAACGGAAGGAGAAGGAGGAGGCUGCCGCAAGGUACCGCCGUAAACAGGAAGAGAGACAGCGGCUAAAGGAGGAGCUGGAAAGAAGGAAGAAAGAAAAGGAUCAGGAGAAGAUAGACGGUGCAAAAGGAGAAUCAAGUUCAAAAGCUGAGGAUGCAACCACCAAUGGCUCAGAACAGAAUGAAGGAGAUCCAGUGAAGAAAGCAGGUAAGAAAACUGCAAAGAAGAAGGAAGAAAAUGAGAGUAGCUCUCAAGCAAGUGAAACAAAAGAAUCCACAGCAAGCACAGACAGCAAAGUCAAUGGGAACAAACCUGCAGAGGAUAAGGAUGAUGAACCAGCUCCGGUUCCUGUUUUAACCAAAGAAGAAGAGGAGGAGCUGGCCCAACAAAGAAGGGAAGAUCGCAAACGGAAGGAUCAGGAGUUUUUGAAUCAGUUGGCAAAAGCAGUAGCUAGGAGUGCAAUACAACCUCUGGGUCGGGACAGGGUGUUCAGGCGGUACUGGGCCUUCAGGUCACUCCGAGGACUGUUUGUGGAGGAUGAUGACCCUGAUCAACACCUACUCCUGGAACCCGAGUCUGACUCUGAAUUGGAGGAAAACGAAGGGGGAAGUGGCGAUGAAGAAAAGGAAGGCGCUAAAGAAAAUGAGAACUCAACGUUAGACCAAAGCAAUUCAGAUAAGGCUAAAAAGGAAGAGAAACGCUUAGUUAAUGGUCAUACUAAGAGCAAAGAUACUGCAAACACUGAAAACUUUGAACGGAAAGUUUUGAACAUGUUUCAAACGUAUCAGCUUACCAAGGAAGCUUGUGGAGAUGGAGACUGGUGUGAAUCUUACAAGAAAAGACCUGUUGUCAAGUGGUCCUACUUCGCUUCCAAAGAGGAUGUAGAUCAAUUGUUAGAUGCUUUGAAUCCGCGAGGUUUUCGAGAGAAACCUUUGAAGGACGCCAUCCAGCAAGAGUACAAACAGCUCUCCAUUGCAGUGGAAAAAUGUCCCUUGAAAGCCGAAAUUCAGGCUCAGAAAAAGGACACUAAGCCCAAGGGAAGGCGUAGAAAUCAACCCACGGUGGACAAGUCUCGGUACAAGACCAUGGAGGAGUUCCUCGAGGCAAACCUGCGCGAUCAGAUUCUUGAUUUAGAGGACAGAAUAUGGCAAGGGGGUCUGGGCUCCGUCAGGAAUGUCGACCGUGAGGCGUGGAGAGCCAAAGUGGAGAAUGGUAUCUACAGUGUCUUCUGUAAGACUGAGACACCAACCAGCGAGGAGUGUAACGCUAAUGGAAUCAAUGAAGUCAAGGAAAAUGGCGACCCAGAGCACAUGGAGGUUGAUAGAAGUGUUGGGGAUGAAAACAAACCCAGUAUAGACGAGAGGAAGGAGACAGUGGCCUUGAAGGAGGAAGAGCUAAUGGACUGCGAUGACCAGCAACAGCCAGUUAUCAAUGGAGUUAAAGACGACAUCAAACAAGAAUGUCAUACAGGCUCUGAGGAAGUCGCUAAAGUGGAAGAAAAGCCUGACGAACCUCCGUUCACCGCUGUACCGUCACAUCUACAGUUAGACAGCCAUCCAUCAUCUCCCGCAGGUGACACGCGAUGCAGUACACCGACACUUAGCUUGGCUGGAGGACCUGUGGCAGUGAAUCCGGCGGUCAGAGAACUUGCCCUGGAACUACUUAAGGUAGAGCAAGGCAUAGAAAAAAAGUACUUAAAUCCACCUCUCGGCGAGGAUGAGGAGACCAAGCGACAGAAACAAAAAGAAGCCGCAGCCGCUGCUGUCAGUGAGUUCAACGAGAUGAUGAAGGCUGCGGACACCAAGGAGAAACAGAAAAAAGACAAGAGAAAGAAGGAGACUGAUGCUGAUGAAGCAGGUCCAAAGGAAAACGGCGAGAAGAAAGGCGAGGAGGCGGAGGAAGACGGACAAAAAGACCUCAGCAGCAGUAGCAGCAGUUCGUCAAAUGAUGAACCCGUCAAGCAGAAGACGUGUCUGGAGAGGUGGGAAGAGUCGCUACUGGUCUGUACAAACCUGUCUCAAGUGUUUGUACAUUUGAACACGCUUGAUCAGUCCAUUGCGUGGAGUAAGUCUGUGUUGAAUGCUCGCUGUCGGCUGUGCAAGAGGAAAGGAGAUGCGGAGCAUAUGCUGUUGUGUGACGCCUGUGAUCGCGGUCACCACAUGUACUGCCUUAAACCACCCAUCAAAGAGAUCCCUGAAGGUCAGUGGUUUUGUGCGGACUGCCGUCCCAAGGAAACGAGGCGCAGUGAAAGAAGAAAAAAACCUGCAGCGAAGGAGGAGUUCAAGGAGGAAAAUGAAGAACAUUCUGAAGAAAAGGAAGAAGAAAGCGAAGAGGAAGAUAGCGAUGAAGGUCAUCAUGAAACCGAGAGUAAAUCAAACAGCGAAGAUGAUUUUGAGCAAAGUGAAGGUAGCGUGAGCUCUGAACAUGGCGACCAGUGUGCAUUGUGCACUGAGGGAGGAGAGCUUCUCUGUUGCGACACAUGUCCGCUGGCCUAUCAUCUCGCUUGCUCUUAUCCACCUUUGCGUCGAAUCCCGCGCGGAAACUGGGCCUGUCAGGUGUGCACUGGGGCAGACGAUGAACGGCCUCGGAGCUGUCGGGUAAAGAAAGCUACUAUUGAAGCUGCCCAGAAAAGUCUACAACGAAGCAUCAAAGUUGUUAAGAAGAAAACGACCCGGAGUACUUCGCGUCCGAAAACAAAGAAAGCUCCCAGUCGAUCUCGAAAACGACAAAUUUCUUCUUCUCCAUCGCCUCCACCGCGUACAAGUAAAACUGGCGGGAAAGCUGUCAAGAAGACCACGAAGCGGCGACGAGUGUCUUCAUCGUCGCGUUCGCCGUCGUCGCGUUCCCCGUCACCUGCGCCGCGGACUAGUCGGAGAGGAAGUAUCAAGAUUGCGGCGCGCGGCGACCGUGACCGAAGUUCUGUCGAUUCGUCUAGGUCUUCGUCUCCUUUGUUGCGAUCUGACUCGGGUAAAAACCCUACUGGCAGGAAGAACCCCAAACUGACAGCAAAACUUGUUUCGUGUCAGAAACUAUUGAACGAGAUGAUGAAACACGAGGACGCCUGGCCCUUCUUGGAACCUGUGGAUAUUACCGAGAACCCUGACUACCUGGAGUACGUGCAACGUCCCUUGGACUUGGGAACCAUAAAGAUGAAUUUAACUGCCAAGGCGUACGAUUCAGUGGAGGAUUUCGCUGCGGAUGUUCGUCAAGUAUUCAUCAACUGCUCCGAAUAUUGCCGACCACGAGGAAAAGAGGCCCGAGCUGGGGUUCGACUCUCUGCUUUUUUCGAGACUCAGUAUUCGGACAUGGGACUCGAUGCGACCGAGACUCGAACAACUCGCAGCCGACGGGUGUGAAUCUGAUAACGUGGUCACAAAGAAGCUGAGAAACUCUGGCCAAAACAGGCACGGCCGUUUGAUAGAUUAGCUGUCUUCCAAAAAAAAAAAACCACGAUGAUGAAAGUGAUGCAGUGUUAGUCUCCGCGAUAAAAAUUUCUCUCUUACCCACCACCCUCCUUUCUAUCUGUAAGGUAGAAUAGGAGAAUAAAGGGGAUACCAAUUAAAAUCGGCAUUAUCGCCAUGCAUAUUUUUGUGAACGAAAGAAAAGACAAGUCGAUUUAUGUCUAAUGCUCAUCGCUAGCGUAGUUCAGGAACUGACGCACGUGUAGUUGAAUUUCGUGCUGGACACUCUGUAUUUCAAAAUAUUUCCUUGAAUUAAGUUACUUACGAGGUUGGGUAGUGCUUCAAAUCAAAAGCAUUUCACUAAAGGCUCGGCUACACGUUUGAUACUUCAUAUAAAGAGGUCGGCUCAUGUCAACCGCCAGUUUUAUUUCAUUUUUCUGCUUCGGCAUUUUUACGCUCGAUACUGCGUGAAACAAUUGUAGAAGAAUUCUGCAGUGUGCCCGUUCCUUUGGCUCACUUGUAGUAUUAGAAGGCUCGUAAUUUGUAUCUCAUGGAAUCUGUUCUCUAGGAGUUGCCAAAAAAUGUAAUUGAAUGGGCCAUACAUGUGGGUAGAGUGGUGUUACUGUGUGCUGGAGGUACCAUAGUCUCAACCGUUUUGGCUGAGACGGAGGUACCAUAGUCUCUCAGUGUUAAGAGGGUUGCCUGACGCGUGAUGACCCCAAGAGAGGCUGCGAAGGAGACCAGAGGUAUCAUUGAUGUGCCUUACAGUUGAGGUGCUGUUUGUGUCAACUUGCCAGAAGGAAGUGGCUCAAAUGAAAUUAUUUAACUGUUGAUAAAUUGUGUAAAGGAUGCGGAGAUACCCAGAUUCUCAGAUACUGAAACAUCUAGCCACUCAUUACAUCCACAUUUUUUUGCCUACAAUAAAUUCGGUACAAAGCAAUAGAACUAAGUGACCGUUUGCUCUUACUGCCUUAAAAAUAGCACGAACUAAUUUAUGAGAAAAUGUUAUGGAGAUUUGACGCAUGUACAGGUAAAAUCGUGGGAACUAUUCUGUAAUUAGAAAACUUAUGCUUAGAGGUGUAUAUAGCCUUGAUAAAAUAAAACGAUUUCAACUUGUUA